UUCAGAAGGCAGAGAGUGAGAAAUGGGCGGCGGAGUGUGUUCUGUUGUUGUUGCAGGGAGACUUUUGGACGAUGGAGCUGCCAGAAACGAUCAGAAAACGCCUAGAAGGCUUCUCUCGAAAUGUGCUGUUUGACCCGACUCGCAUCUGGAAUUCAACAAAUGAGAAUGACGCGUUUUUGCCUCACGACAAGCGAGUUCUGUCCAGCCUCCCGCUCCAGAUGUCUCUGUACUUUAACAUGUGGUUCUUCCCCCUGUGGUGGAUCAGUGAAACUGUCAUGUUUCACCUCAAGUAUCCCUUCUUGCCAGACUACUACAAGUUCAUCCUCGUGACUGUCCUCCUCCUGAUGACUCUGUUUGAGGUCAUUAGACUUUACCUUGGUUACACGGGGAACUUGCAAGAAAAGGUCCCAGAGUUGGCUGGAUUCUGGCUGCUGAGCAUCCUGCUGCAGUUUCCUCUCAUCCUGUUUCAGCUCUUGAAUGAAGCCAUCCUCAUACAACCCCUGGAGAGAGCCGUUCACAUAGUUCUUGUUAUAUUCGUUCUCACACAGGCUGUUGCUGGGUUUGUGGCACUGCGGGACAUGGUUAGACACACAGCAGACCAGUUUCAUCUUCGACAGUUUGAUUGAAGUCUGCACUAACCUCGGCUACAUUUGGACUCACCAGGUUACUCAACUUUCUGUGGAACAGUAGUGACAUCUAUUGGUGAGACUGCAGAUUGUAAGACUCAUCCACUCACCUGUUUUCCCAAGAGGGUCAAGGAUCUACAGUGGCUUCCACAUAUCAGAAAGGAUGUUCAUUUUGUCUUUGUUGUAAGCUUCCACGUGCUUCCACUGGUUCGUUCAUUUCAGCUGCUGUAGAAACUUUGCAGCACUCGACGACUCUGUGAAGCAAGACCAUAGCCUAUUAUAAAAGGCUUAUUCUAAGGCUGUAAAAACCAAGUGCUUUUUAUUUGAAGGAGAUUCUGCUUUUAUACAAAGGUCCUUAUGGGUUGUAGAUCAGAUUUCUUCCAGUAAACCUUCCUAAACGUUACACACUGGAACUUAAAAACCACCCAGACUUUUUGUAUGUGUUUUAUAUUGUUCAAGAGAGAGGAAAAAUGCUUUUUUACUUGUAUUCACAUCGUAUUUGUACACUGUUGGUGUAGUUGCAAUAAAUAAAAAAAUCUAUCCAA